UAAAAGUAUUUCAUAUUUUCUUUGAUAUAUCUAAAAGCCACAGUGUUACUAUCAAAGUGAUUAUAAUCAUGGAUGAGUCGAAAGACUCAGCAGAUGAUGUACACAUGCGCGAGGAACCUCCCACUUGGGAAGACGUAAUGAAAGAAAAAUCCCAAGAAAUAGGAAAAAAUCAAAAAGAAAAAAUUGCCUGUGACGUUACAGUCCAUAAUCAGCCACAAAAUAAAAAUCAAAGAACUAUGAUUAUUACUGAAAACUUUAUUAACGGAGAAAAAACCAAGGAAAAACAGCUAUCUGAGAAUGGUAUUAUUAAAAGGGCGAACGAUAAAUCUCUCUUUGAAAUUUCUGAAGUAGAAAAUAAAGUUAAUGGAGAUUGUAAAGGGAAUGAUGUAUGCGGUCUAGAUGAAUUAACAGUUGAUAAUGCUUACUCAGAACUUACGACAAAAGAGAAGUGUUUGGCUGCUUGUGCUAAAAUUUACACAGUUUUAACUAUCUUUUGUAAAGGCCUGCUCAUUUUCUCAGAGUUAAUCAUCUUGGCCUGGGCUAUUUUAGCAAUAGUCUAUGUGUCAUUUUGGGGUCUAAAAUGGACAGAGCAAAAAUCAGUUAAUGGCUGCAGGAAAUUUUACUCCCCAAUUAUUGGAAAGCUUGAAGAAGCCAUCGUGGUUAUAGGUUACGUUACGAUAGUUAUGCCAUGUUUAAUUGGGAUUAUUGGUGCUUGGUUUAAAAACCGAAAAUUACUCAAAUACCACAACAGCUUACUUUUAAUAUCCCUUUUAAUUCAACUGAUGGUAGGCUUUCACUUCUUUCGUGGCUAUUUUGGAGUCAAUUAUAAUAAUAGAAAAAAGAUCUUUCAGCAAAAUCUUAAGCAAUUUUAUGGUCACUGUGAAGUCGUAAACAAAACGAUAUGCAGUUGUGAAACAAGCAUGGACGAUGUAAACGAAGUGCCUAUUGAAAAAAGAAUCUCAUAUAUAUGGACUUUUAUAGGGGAUAGAUUUCAAUGUACGCAUCAGAGGGACUUAAAAUGUUUCUACGAUGCUGAUGAGCUCUGGCUUCGGGGCUUCUGGUUUCAAUGUAUUUUUUUCUCAGCUCAGGUCUCGGCUUUACUAUUUGGCAUGAUCAUAAACCACCAAAUAACAGCAAAAUAUUUGGCCAAAAAAAAGAAGAGACGCAAACGUUAUCCAAAAGGAAAAGUCCGGAGGAUUGCUGUAAAAGCUCAAAAUUUUAUGUGCAGAAAAAUUUUAUUAGUUAUAUUAGGGUUUUUGUUUAUUUGUUCUCUUUUUAUAGUUAGGCUUUGGUGGAAGGAUUGGACGGUUAAGUUCGGUAAGCCUGAGAUUGAUAUAAAUAUUCUCGAAAUAAUUAAAAGUCACAUUUUUUAUAACGAAUCACAAUUUAAGGAACUGAUUAAAUUAAAGUAGUUGACAAAAAACUGUUCGGAACUUUGUACGUUUGUUUAUUUAAAAAUUGUUCACUGAUAAUAAGUGUAAAUUAGAAGUGGGGGCAUCAUUUUCACAUAAAAAACUUUGAUGGCAUUGAAAAUUUAUAAGUUAUAUUUUAAUUCUGAUGUUUGUAAGCAGGAUGAUUUAAAUUCAAGUGCAGUUAUAUAGAAGUUUCCAAAAUGGUAUUAGAUAAUGAUUAAUUGUAUAUAAAUUAAAUAUUACAGUAUCAAAAAGUAAAUUAACAAAAAUCCAUCUCUCUAAAUCUCAUAAUUUAAAAUUAGUAAAAUUUAUAUAAUUUAAAAAGUACAACAAUAACAAUUAGUUUAAAAAGUAUAUAUACAGAGACGGAAUGGUUAAUGAAACUAAGUAUGUGUUUAAAAAUGUAGUAAAAGUGUGUCGUGUAUGUACCUUUAUCGAUAAUCUGAUAAUUAGUACUCAUUUUUUGGAAUUUCUGUUUUUAUCAAUCUAUAGGAAUGGCUGGUAAAUAAACGAAGUAUUUCCAUCAGAUGAACCAUCGUGAGUAUGCAAAUUUCAUAACAAAGUUAUUAAAGUUAUGAGAUUAUUUAAAAUUUCUUCUUAAGUCAGCUUGUGCAUUUAAGCACUUGUCAUUAGAAGACAUAUCCUUGCGUAUUUUUAUGUCUUCCAAAACAUCCAAACACAUACAAUUUUUACUUUUGACAUUGACUAAAAUUUUUGAAUCUUUGUCGGGAUCAAAUUUGUGUUACAUCAUUUACAUCCAAAAGGAGAGUUAUUAGGAUUUUUCAGAAGCUCAAUAAGCCUAAAAUUCAGUGAUCUGCAAGUUCUCCCAACAUACAUUGUUUCUCAUUUACCACUGUUUAACUUGUAUACACCACUUUUAUCUAAUUUAUUAAAUCCGUCUUUAGAAUUUACUGAAACUUUCUGUAUAUUGAUAUUUAUCUUGUAAGAAAAUUUUAUAUUAGGAACAUGCUCAAUAAAUUCUUAGUAAGAAUCUUGCCAAAUAUUUUUAGUAAGAAUUUUAGUUAAAAACCGGAUACAUAGCCGAAAGCGCUAAUAAUUAGCUAAUUGCUAUUGGUUUAUGAAAAA